GCCCGGGGGGGUCCCCGGGGGGGUCUCGGGCUUUGCCGCCGCCAUCGCGGGGGCCAAACUCAGGAAAGUCGGGAAGGACGAGACCCCCAGCGCCCCCGCGCCCCCCCCCAAAGCCGAGGGCGCCCCCCGGGGCGGGGGGGGGCUGAUGGAGGAGAUGAGCGCCAUGCUGGCCCGCAGGAGAAAAGCCACGGAGGUGCCAAAGAAGGAGGAUGACGUCACUAAUGAGGAGGCGGAGCCGGGCGCGAGGACGGCGGGGCCGCCGCCGGAGCCCGUAAGGAGGCCCUGGGAAAAAUCCAGCUCCACCUUGCCCAGGAUGAAAUCGGCCGUUCCGGCUGCCCCCUCCGAGUCGCACAGUGAGCUGGACCUGGAGCGAUUCAAACUGGAGCUGCUGGAGGAGGUGCGGCGGGAGCUGCAGAAGAUGAAGGAGGAGAUCCUCGAAGUGUUCGUGACGGAGCUGCGGAAGCGGAACGGACCCUGACCCCCCCCACCACCACCACCACGCCACGGGCCCGGAUUUGGGGAGGGGGGCGACCCCCAUUUCCCCCCCCCCCCCCAAAAAAAAAACCCCUCCCUCACAAUUUCACCCC